AUCUAUGUAACUAUAAUUGUUGUAGCAAAACAAGUCGAGCUCGAGGAGUACACGCAAUGCAUGUGCAAUGAUUACGUAACAACAUCUAACAGAUUAGCCGGAAGGUGGAUGGAGGGAUCAACUAAGGAGAAGAAGGUGGCGAGAUUAACUUAGACAAAUGUCGUCAUGACUCGAGACUCGGUUCAUUGUCCAGUGAUGGUCAUGACUCUGUUGUAACUAAAUUAAAAAUCUCUUUAGUUUGAGACCCCAAAUACUUAUAAAUUGCCAGGAAUUUCUUAAGUACAAGAGAGGUAGACAUGGCUGAAAAUGAUCGGAGCGGUGACAGAUCGCCUGCCAGGAUGUCAGGGGAAACAGACGAAGAGCUCUCGCCUGUAGCUGGUGUGCGGACCGCAAUGCUGGAUCUCGAGCGUGCGGACGGGAUUGUUUCUGAAGCAAACGAGAUUGAUGAUGAAGAUGACGAUGUUUUUGUUGAUGAAGCACCAAUCGACGAACAACUAAUGAAGGAAAUGUCGUGUGGUUGGUGUGGCAUCACUGCUAAAUGUUUAAAGCCUUGCAGCUCAAUCAAGGGCUAUCUCUUGGCCCUAUCACUGACUGGUCUCUUCCACUACCUCGUCCCUUUCGGACUCUUCUUCGCCGUCCUAACAACGCUAGAGAAACGCUUCCAUUUCUCCAGCACGGAGAGUGGUAGCAUCGCCAGUGCCUACCAGUUCUCGGCAAUGUUCUUCACUGUCUUUGUGGGAUAUAUUGGAGAGAAGGGGCACAAACCAGUCUGGGUUGGAGUGGGAACCUUAGCUCUGGCCGUAGGGUCCGUCCUGAUCGCUCUGCCCCACUUUCUGGCCGAGCCCUACCAUGUGAUGCCUCUCAACCAAUCAGGAGAGGACAGCCUUGUUUGCCCAGGUGUCGACAACACUUCCAUGCUUCAGGAGAAAUGUGAUUCGGCUGGAGGUGUAGAAGAGCAAUCAAAUGAUUUCAUUGGAUUGUUCAUAUUUUCGAUGGUUUUGAUCGGCUUUGGCGCGGGUCCGGUCUUUACUCUGGGACUGACUUACAUGGAUGAGAACCUCCAACCAAAAGAUUUUGGACUUUUCCUCGGUAUCUACAACUCUUUCUUGAACAUUGGUCCAGCCUUAGGGUUCUUUGUAGGGGCAUUAACAUUAUCACUCAACACAGAUAUACAGCUGGAUGGAGACAGUGUGUCCCUGACCCCUGAUAAUCCUCUUUGGGUAGGCGCAUGGUGGUUGGGGUUCCUUGCAGCUGCAGCCGUUGUACUUGUCUUAGCAUUCAUCAUCAUGGGCUUCCCAAAGAGACAACCAGGUAGUGACAAAAUAGCAGAGAAACGUUCAUCAGAAGCCCAGAAGGGUAGUGAAUUUGUUUCGCAGGAGGGCUUCUUGGAGAAAGUAUUUGAUUUCCCAAGAGCACUCUGGAAGAUCGUGACCAACCCUCCAUUCAUGACCCUCUGUUUGGCCACGGCAACGGAGUGGUUCAUCAUGGUCGGCUUGGCGGUCUUCGCUCCAAAGUUCUUCGAGGCCCAGUUGAACAUGACUUCCAGUGAAGUAGCGAGUAUAAUAGGAGUUAUAUCGAUCACUGCUCAGCUGAUGGGUGCUUUAGGCAGUGGAAUUGUAAUCAACAGACUGGAUCUGAAGUUUAGAGGCCUGAUGAAGUUGUGUAUGGUCUGUGUGUUCAUAUCUAUGCUCGCAUCGCUUGCGUUUACCAUGCACUGUCCUGUUGUGCCUUUUGCUGGUGUUACCAGUUCCCAAGAAAGGUCAAUGCCAAUAAAAGGAGCAGAGAGUGCAUUCUCACUGCCCUGCAAUACCCACUGCGAUUGCACUUCCAAGUCCUUUGAGCCUGUGUGUGGCAGUGAUGACGUCAUGUACUAUUCCCCAUGCCACGCUGGGUGCAACCGCAAAGACACCUUUGUUGAUGAAGUGAUCUUCAGAAACUGCCAGUGCACCAACCCAAACAUGCCCUCUACUGCAUCAUCUCAAGUACACAGCUACAAUAUCACGGGAGCUGUAGCAAACACUACUUUAUUAACUCCUGUACAAUCUCAAGACCCGCUGGAGGAGGGGUAUGCCGUCCCGGGGCGUUGCCAGAGGACAACCUGUCCCUACAAGUGGCCCUACUUUGUCCUGUUAUGGGUGCUCUUCUUCAUCAACACUUUUGGCGUUGUUCCGGCCUGGGCUGGCAGUAUAAGAUGUGUAUCUCAUUCACAGCGUGCCUUUGCUCUAGGGGUGCAGACUGUUGUCUAUGGCUUUGGAAGCGCCCCAUCUCCCAUCAUCUUCGGACUCCUGAUAGACAAGUCCUGCCUGGUGUGGGAGGCCCUCUGUGGUGGAGCGCAGAUAUGCUGGCUGUACGACAACCGCACCUUGGCCUACACCAUGCUGGGGUUGUGCCUCUGCUGCAAGGUCCUCUCGCUCAUCUUCUUUGGUUGCGCCCACCUGUUCUAUCGGCCUGUCCUUGACUGCGAGGAAGGAGAAGAAGAAAGAGUAGAAGAACAGAGAGAAGGAUAAUACCUAGUUAAUGGUACAUGUACUUAGAAUGGAGGAAUAUGGAUGGGUAAAAUGAGAGAGGUAAACAGAUGGAUGUUGGAGAAUGGAGCUGAAAUCUCCUCUGGUUUUCAUGAGGUUUUUUUGCACCUACCUGUUUUAAUCGGCCUCUGGUUGACUUUGUAAGAGGAGAAGGAAGAGCAAAAGAUCAGAGAGAGAAAUAACAAUUUCUUGGAAAGAGGAGUAAAUGGAGCUUAUGUUAGGAAUAUGGUGGGUCGAAAAAUGAGCCCGCUGAGUACUCGAGCAGGAUGUUCUUCAGGAGAGUGUUUCACAAAGAUCGACGUUAAGUUGGACUUAACUAUGGCAGGCCAUUCAUGCCACUGGUUGCUCUCACCAUUGGUCUCUCAAU